UGUGUGAGAGUGUGUGUGAGUGUGAGUGUGUGUGUGUGUGUGUGUGUAUGCGCCGCGCCCCUCCCCCACCAGACCCGUCACACGCUGUAAGUGAAAGUAAAACUCAGCUCCAUUUUGUAUCGAGGUGAAAAUCAUUUAUUUCAGGAGUAAAAACACAAAUGAUGGAGGGAAAGACAUCAGACUCACCAGAACCCAGCUGUGUGUCCAUGAAGAGUGACCGGUCAUUGGAACCCAUAACUAACUUCAGAGACAGAGACACUUCUACUGAUCUGAGAAUGAAGGAGGGAAAGACAUCAGACUCACCAGAACCCAGCUGUGUGUCCAUGAAGAGUGACCGGUCAAUGGAACCCAUAACUAACUUCAGAGACAGAGACACUUCUACUGAUCUGAGAUCACAAAAGAAGAAAUCAGACAUCAGCAGAAAUCAGUUGGACUCCAUAUUCAAGGAGCUGGAACACAAAGUCAUCACUCUGAUAAAGAAUGAGCUGAAGAGGUUUAGGAAGCUCCUGAGUCCAGAUUACCCAUCAUGCACUGAGAGGGAGGUGGAGGAUGAGGAGGAUGUGCACAGUGUCAGAGAGGGAGCGCUGAACAUCACACUGCACUUCCUGAAGCACAUGAAGCACACAGAUCUCGCUAACACACUGCAGAACAAGUCUGUGGCCUCUGUGUAUCAGCCAAAGCUGAAAUCCAACCUGAGAGAGAAGUUUAACAGAAUUAAUGAAGGAAUCUCACAGCAUGGAAGAUCAGCACUUCUGAAUGAGAUCUACACAGAGCUCUACAUCACAGAGGGUUGGAGUGGAGACAUCAAUAAAGAACAUGAGGUGAGACAGAUUGAGGAAGUGUCCAAGAGACCAGCAACACAGGAGAUACCCAUCAACUGUAAUGACCUCUUUAAGGACAAGUCCAUCAGAACUGUGCUGACUAAAGGAGUUGCUGGAAUUGGAAAAACAGUCUCUGUGCAGAAGUUCAUUCUGGACUGGACUGAAGGAAAAUCAAAUCAGGACAUCACCUUCAUGUUUCCACUUCCCUUUAGAGAGCUGAAUCUGAUGAAACAGAAAAAUCUCAGUCUGAUGGAUCUUCUUCAUCACUUUUUCCCAGAAAUGAGAAAUCUAGAAUUAAUAAACUGUGACUCCUACAAAGUCCUGUUCAUCUUUGAUGGUCUGGAUGAGUGUCGACUUCCUGUAAAUUUCCAGAAGAAUGAGAGAUUGUGUGAUGUGACAGAGUCAGCCUCAGUGGAUGUUCUGCUGACGAACCUCAUCAAGAGGAAUCUGCUUCCCUCUGCUCUUCUUUGGAUAACCUCUCGACCAGGAGCAGCCAAUCAGAUCCCUCCUGAGUGUGUAGACCAGGUAACAGAGGUACGAGGGUUUAAUGAUCCUCAGAAAGAGGAGUACUUCAGGAAGAGGAUCAGUGAUCAGAGCCUGGCCAAAAAAAUCAUCAGACACAUGAAGUCUUCAAGAAGCCUCUACAUCAUGUGCCACAUCCCAGUCUUCUGCUGGAUCUCAGCCUCUGUUCUAGAGAGAAUGUUGGGUGAAGCAGAGAGUGGAGAGAUCCCCAAGACUCUGACUCAAAUGUUCACACACUUCCUGAUCUUUCAGAUCAAACACAAGGACCAAAAGUACCAUCAGAAACGUGACCCUGAUCCUCAGCAGACCAGAGAGAGUAUCCUGGCACUGGGAAAACUGGCUUUCCAGCAGCUGGAGAAAGGAAACCUGAUCUUCUAUGAGGAAGACCUGAGAGAGUGUGGCAUUGAUGUCAGAGAAGUGGCAGUGUACUCAGGAGUGUGUACCCAGAUCUUCAGAGAGGAGUUUGGGCUUCACCUGGGGAAGGUCUUCAGCUUUGUACAUCUGAGUGUUCAGGAGUUUCUGGCUGCUUUAUACGUGUUUCUCACCUUCAUCGGUGGAAAAGUAACAGAAGAACAAGAAGAACUGAUCAGAAGAACUGAUCUGUCUGAACUUUUCAGAAAUCCAACCAUGUCUGAUCUCCUCAGGAGUGCAGUGGACAAGGCCUUACAGAGUGAGAAUGGACACCUGGACCUGUUCCUCCGCUUCCUUCUGGGUCUCUCACUGGAGUCCAACCAGACUCUCUUACGAGGCUUAAUGUCACAGACAGGAAGUAGCUCUCACAGGAAACAGGAAACAGUGGAGUACAUCAAGGAGAAGAUCAGGGAGAAUCCAUCUCCAGAGAAAUCCAUCAAUCUGUUCCACUGUCUGAAUGAACUGAAUGAUCAUUCUCUAGUGCAGGAAGUACAGACUUACCUGAACACAGGAGGUUAUAGAUGUCUCAGAGGAACCAGUCUCUCUCCUGCUCAGUGGUCAGCUCUGGUGUUUGUGUUACUGACCUCGGGACAGGAGCUGGAUGAGUUUAAUUUGAGUAAAUAUGAUCCAUCAGAGGAAUGUCUUCUGAAGCUGCUGUCAGUGGUCAAAGCCUUCAGAAAAGCUGAUCUGUGGGAGUGUGAUCUGACAGAAGAAAGCUGUAGAGCUCUGUCCUCAGUUCUCACCUCAAACUCCUCCAGACUGAGAGAACUGAACCUGAGUGGAAAUAAACUGCAGGAUUCAGGAGUGAAGCUGCUCUCUGAUGGACUGAAGAAUCCACACUGUACACUGGAGAUACUGAGUCUGUGUGUGUGUGAUCUGACAGAAGAAAGCUGUAGAGCUCUGUCCUCAGUUCUCACCUCAAACUCCUCCAGACUGAGAGAACUGAACCUGAGUGGAAAUAAACUGCAGGAUUCAGGAGUGAAGCUGCUCUCUGAUGGACUGAAGAAUCCACACUGUACACUGGAGAUACUGAGUCUGUGUCGGUGUGAUCUGACAGAAGAAAGCUGUAGAGCUCUGUCCUCAGUUCUCACCUCAAACUCCUCCAGACUGAGAGAACUGAACCUGAGUGGAAAUAAACUGCAGGAUUCAGGAGUGAAGCUGCUCUCUGAUGGACUGAAGAAUCCACACUGUACACUGGAGAUACUGAGUCUGUGUGUGUGUGAUCUGACAGAAGAAAGCUGUAGAGCUCUGUCCUCAGUUCUCACCUCAAACUCCUCCAGACUGAGAGAACUGAACCUGAGUGGAAAUAAACUGCAGGAUUCAGGAGUGAAGCUGCUCUCUGAUGGACUGAAGAAUCCACACUGUACACUGGAGAUACUGAGUCUGCGUUAUUGUGAUCUGACAGAAGAAAGCUGUAGAGCUCUGUCCUCAGUUCUCACCUCAAACUCCUCCAGACUGAGAGAACUGAACCUGAGUAGAAAUAAACUGCAGGAUUCAGGAGUGAAGCUGCUCUCUGAUGGACUGAAGAAUCCACACUGUACACUGGAGAUACUGAGGAUGCCUCACUGCAGGAUUACAGAUGAAGGUUGUGCUGCUCUGGCUUCAGCUCUGAGAUCAAACUCCUCAUCACACCUGAGAGAACUGACUCUGUACGGUAAUAAAACAGGAGAAUCAGGAGAGAAACUGCUUAAUGAUCUACUGAAGGAUCCACACUGUACACUGGAGAAACUAAACAUUAGGAGCUGAAUCAUUCAGAUGUAGAAGAUCCACAACAAUCACCUCCUUCAUCCCCUCAGCUCCACCUUACUUCAGACUGUAAUUAUACUGUAUAUAGUGUGUAAGGAAUGUUGUUAUAAUGUCUGUAAUCAUUAUGAUCAGUGAACACAGGAGUAGUGAUCUCUGUAGAACCCUGCUCUGAAUCUGGAUAAUAAAUUAUUACUCUGUAAAUGUC